GUUGUGCAUUGUAUCGCCCCAAAUCAUUCCGUGUCUGGCCCUCUACUUUUUCUCUUCUGGCACGCCCUCCCAGCGGCGAGAAAGGACUUCGCUGUUCACCAACAUUACGAUUGAGCUUAACUGCAGCAAGUCCAGUCUAAAUGUUGUCGACUCAAUCCGCGGCCCAGUCUCUGUCCAUCAUGUCAGAUUCUGAUAUCUCUCGCCAGAUUACCGGCCUCAUCGAGGUCACAGAAGGCAUCGUCGAGGCGUAUAACCCGAUCAAAGACCUCUGUGGAUUGCCCAAAGCCUUCCGGGAAGUGAACAAUCUACUUCCUUUCGUCCAGCAAAUCCUUCGAGAUGCAAAGGCUCCGACGAAGAAAUCCCUGUCCACCAACGAAUUUAAGGCGCUGAAGACUAUUGUGUCUAGCUGUGCUGAGAAGGCUGACAAGCUGCUGGAGAUCUUCAAAAAGAUGGCGAAGAAGACAGAUGGCCAAUACAGCUCUACCGUGUACCGGGCAAUCGUUCUUAAUCAAGGCAAGCAUCGCGUCGAGACGCUGAUGGACGGUAUUUUGCGGGGUCUAGAAGCCCUUGUUAGGAGCCACAUAUUUCCGGUGGAAAUCCAGAGGCAGGUCAAGCCGUUGGAGGAUGCUCGAGCGGAGCUGGCGAAAGUGUCUCCAUCAUUGACUGACUCUGAUCUGGCCGAGCAGCCCGGUACUGCCAACCAGUAUGGAGAUAAAUGUCGCCAGUAUAACGUGUUCGGGGAAGGCACACAAAGAAUCGCGGAUGGUCACUAUUUUGAGGCAAAGGGAAAUCAGACUUUCGGUAUGAUGCCGCCUCUGGGCUCUAUUAGCAGCUCUGGAAUUACCUCAACUUAACGGGAUUCGUUGCUGUCCCAGAAUCGUUUUUCUCGAACCCUUGACAUUGGGUUUAUACAAACUUUACGUUUGGAACAAGCUUGUACGUUCGUUAGUGCGUUAUGGGGAAUAGUCCCUAGCGACCCCCACGGUGCCAGCGCUGUGCGACUUGUUCACCGCGUUGCUUCCGGUCAUUCUCGCAGUCGAUAGAGGAGGUAUCCGAGGCGUGAUAGCCCUGCAAAAUAUGUUGGGCUUUGACAUAUUUUUGUUCAUUUUAGGUUGUCUGUCAGCUAUCGGAGAUCUCAUCCGCCCGCCAUUCCCUGCGUGGUAGGCGGAGACGCACAGGAUCCUCAUGGCCCAGAUAUCUCCCUUCGCUGCUAUUCUAUAGUCUGAUGGAUGGAUGGAUGACUUUAGUUACUUAGCUCGCAGCUAC